AUGCUGUACCGUACCGCCGCUGCCCGCUCGCUCCUCCGGGCUGCCUCGAGCUCCAAUGCCUCUGUCGCCCGCUCGACUCUGGGCAACCAGGUCUUCAAGGCCCCGCUGACCUCGUCCGCCCGCCAUGCGAUCCGCCCGACUGUCUCGCCGAGCUUCGCGCUCGCUGCUCACAAGCCCGUCACCACCGCCCUCGUGCGCUACUCGUCCUCUUCGGCCAAGGGUGAGGAAGAUGUUGAUGUGAUGGCGGGUAUGAAGUCCGAGGCGAAAGUGAUCAAGGACACCUUCAGCCUGGCUGAGGUCCCCAAGGAGGCACUCUACAUCGGUAUGGCCGGUGUUGUCCCCUACCUGGCGACCUCUCUCGAGACCGUCUACCUCUCCUACGAGAUCAACCGUGCCGCCAGCCUCGGUGACGGUCUGAUCUUCUCCGGCCAAAGCGCGGAGCUGAUGCUGCACAUGCUGGAGCCGAUCCAGGUUGGCUACGGUGCGGUGAUCCUCUCUUUCCUCGGUGCCAUCCACUGGGGUCUUGAGUGGGCCGGCUACGGCGGAAAGUUCGGCUACCGCCGUUAUGCGGCCGGUGUGGUUGCCCCGGCCGUGGCUUGGCCGACGCUGCUGUUCCCUGUGGAGUACGCAUUGAUCAGCCAGUUCCUUGCCUUCACUUUCCUUUACUACAAUGACGCCCGUGCCGCCGCUGCCGGCCGCGCCCCCCACUGGUACGGCAUGUACCGGUUCGUGCUGACCUUCGUGGUGGGUGCCAGCAUCGUGGCCACUCUGAUCGGCCGCGAGCAGAUCCAGCAGACGAUCACCUCGGAGCACACCAUCACCGACAAGAUCAAUGCUCUGGUGUUCCUGCAGAAGAAGGAGAAGGAGGAGGCUGAUGCCCGCCGCCGGGCUGAGCUCGGCCAGGACUCCGAGUAA